AUGUUGGACGUUCUCAAGGACUCAACAAUCGCCUCGAAGAGCGGCAAGGACGCCCGCUCUCGUUUCUGGGCGGCAUACAAAAGAGUCGCCGAGGAACAUGACGAUGAGUUCCUUGACCAAUACUACAAUGACAUGGACAUCGUGUGUUACUUCUCUGGUCUGUUCUCCGCCGUCAGCGCGGCUUUUAUUGUGUCGAUGGAGUCGAAUCUUAUUCCAGACCCUACCGACACCACGAAUGCCCUUAUUACACAGCUCGUCCUGAUCGGACUCGGCAAUUUCACUGCAGCGGGGUCUGCGCCGGUAGCACCAGCAUCUACCUGGUCGCCGACUACAGCCAAUUUAAGGGUUCAAUCCAUCGCCUACGCAAGCUUGUCCUUCGGUUUACUCGCCGCUUUCGGGGCUAUGCUAUGCAAGCAGUGGCUCGGGUACUACAAGUCGCACAGAUACAGCCGCGGCUCGGAGGAUGAACGAGGGAAGCGCAGACAAGAGAAGCUCGACGGCAUUAUCACAUGGCAUUUCCAUGGUGUCGUGCAAUCGUUCCCUAUCCUACUCCAAAUCUCUCUUCUUCUAUUUGGAAUUGCCCUCGGCGCCAAUAUGUGGUACGAGCAGUAUACAAUCGCCUGGGUCAUCAUUGCAGCCACGGUCUUCGGAUUUUUGUUUUAUUCCCUGACGGUGAUGGCAGCUUUGGUAUCUCCCCGCGUGUCCAUUUCAGACGCCAAUAUCGAUGAUAUUGCGCAAGUGGCGCGUUGA